UGUGUCUCAACAUUAAGAGACGUUCAAGGAGCUCCGACAUGAUUCAACCGUUUAACAAGUUUAGUUAGUUUUUGACACUUUUUGUCUUAUAGUAGCUUUUGUUAACAGUUAAGUUUAUCUGUUAAAGUAGACAGGUUUUUACCGAGCAUUGCAUUUCUCUUGAAGUGUUACGUUGAAGAUAACUCUGUAAAGGCUACUUCUGGACCAAACGCAGAUCUCCUGUAACGUUAGUGACUUCUGAAAUUAUGCUCCUGUAGAGAACUAGGCGCCCACAAUGAAUCCACGAACCCUGUCACUGAGAGCUCUGCUGUUUCUGGGGCUUUGGCAAACUGGGAGAAGAAGUCUAGCCUCAGCCCCAGAGCUGCGAGAUAACCCCCAAAGGAUAGCCGUGGUCGGAGCAGGCAUUGCUGGCACAUCUGCAGCGUUUUAUCUGAGGCAGGAGUUUGGAGCCGGGGUGAAGAUCGAUGUGUUUGAACCUGGAGCGGUUGGCGGACGACUAGCGACAGUGAAGAUCGGAGAUUAUGAGUAUGAGACGGGAGGCUCAGUGAUCCAUCCUCUGAACCUACACAUGAAGCACUUCAUUGAAAGAUUAGGUAUUCCUCCGAGGAAAGAUGUCCCCUCUAAAAUGGCAAUAUUUGACGGAAAGGAGCUAACGUUUGAACAGAGUGACUGGUAUAUUGUAGAUUUUUUGCGCAUGCUCUGGCGAUACGGCUUCAACUUUCUCCGAAUGCAUAUGUGGGUGGAGAGUAUUUUGGACAAAUUCAUGAGGAUCUACCAGUAUCAGCAGUAUGGCUACUCAUUCUCCAGUGUGGAUAGGCUCCUUCACGCCAUGGGCGGCGAUAAUUUUCUUACUCUACUCAAUAAGACCCUGGAGGAAACCAUGAUGGCCGAAGGAUUUUCGCAGAUCUUCCUCAACGAUAUUGUUGCACCCAUCACUCGUGUCAACUAUGGCCAAAGUGUCCGCCUCAAUGGCUUUGUGGGGGCAGUGUCAUUAGCAGGAGCAGAUCCAGGCCUGUGGGCAGUGGAUGGAGGCAAUAAGAAAGUGUGCUCAGGACUGCUGUACCACAGCAAAAGUGAGCUCAUCCCUGCCAGAGUGACCUCCAUCUCAGUCAAAGUCCGACCAUCCAAGACAGGCACCACAACCAGUUUCUAUGAAGUUAAUUAUGUUGGAGAAUCAGGCUCUGCACACUCUCUGUAUGACAUUGUGGUUAUAGCAACACCACUUCACCAGGGAAAGUCUGACAUCACCUUCUCAGGCUUCUCCCCUCCACUACCGUCUCACUACCCCGGACGUUACCACCAGACUGUCUCCACUCUGGUCCACGGCAUGCUCAACAUGGCCUACCUCGGGACCAUACAGCCGGCCUCGGACUUCACCGUGUCGGACGUCCUUACCACAGACUUGAAGGGCUCCCUCAUCAACAGCCUGAGCUCUAUCGACCCUGUGCACAUCCCUCAGGGUUACAAGCGACCCCCUGCCAGCCAGACCAAAGUCUGGAAGGUGUUCUCCCCACAGCCGCUGUCCCAGGAGCAGCUGCAGGACAUGUUCCUCUCCUGGGAUUUGGUGUCGGAGACUCGCUGGUCGGCUUAUCCUUCUUACCGCCCGCCGCAACGUAAGACACCUCCCUUCAUCCUGCACAAUCGGCUGUACUACCUCAACGCUGUGGAGUGGGCAGCUAGCGCCAUGGAAAUGAGCGCCAUCUCUGCCAGGAACGUGGCCCUGCUUGCACACCACCGCUGGCACAAACAGGAUGGCAAGAUCGACCAGGAAGACCUGCACACCCGACUGAGAGGGGAACUCUAAACUAAAAGCAAUUAAAUACUAUCAAUCAAGUAAAGUAUGAACCCACACAGAUACUCAUGGACACGCGUGCUGCACAAUAAUUACGCUCCUGUCAGGGCAAAUCCUAAAUCUUUUUCAGGUAUAUGGGAUGCUCUGACCCCUCUAAGGGGAGACACUACAGGUGAAUUGGGUAAAAAGAAUAAAUAGAUAUAACUAUAAAACUUCCCCAGUUGAUGACUUGCAUUAAGACAAUUAAUUUUUCUAUUUAAACUUUUUCUAAAAUGUAUUUUUAAAUAUGCAAAUGAAGCAUUAUAAUAUUAAGUACACAUGCAUACAUUUCUGGAACAAAAAUCAGAAAAUUGGAUAAAGGCAGGUUCAAAAUGAUUGUUACAUUUUGUUAACAUAUGAGAGUCAAAGGUAUUUACUCAGGGAAUUUUGGAUUUAUCUUUGUAUCACUCCAUAAAUCAGAAAGUAUUGUCAUCAGCCAUUUAAAAAAGAAAACAAAAGAAAUCUAUUUUCGCCAAGGCUAUAAAAGAUUCCCUCUUUUCUACUGAAGUAAAGCUUUCGGGCUCAGAGAAUCACAAAAAGAAAACAGCCUUUAAAGAUAAAUGUUGUACAAUUCAAUACAUUUUGCAAGACAUUACUAUUGAAUAGGGUACAAAAUAUACAUUACUAAUAGAUAACACCAUGAAACUUCACCAGUUGUUUACAGACAUUAAGACAACUACUUUUUUAUUUUACAAGUUUUCUGAAAUGUAUGUUUUAAAUAUUCUCACUUUUGCUGAAUUUUGGAGAAAUCUACAGACGCAAAAACACAAAGUACAAUAAACACCUAAACCAAACGUCUGACCAGAUGAGUGCCUCGCCUUUAACUUAAAGGACAAUUCUGGUUCAUUACAACUUGGAUCUUAUUGUUGUAGUUUUGGCCAUCAAUUCUUUCCUUUACUCAGCAAAGUAAUUGCUAAAAUCUGGGAACAGCUGUCACGUUGCUAAAAUGAAGUCUGAUGGGAAAACAAACACGAGAAGUCAAACCAUCAGACAGGAUGUACACAAGUCAACAGUACCAGCACAUUAUAUAAACCACUGUAUUUUAAUAAUUCAUUGCACAGGAAAACUACUUGGGCUGCAACUUAUUAUCUAUUAGACUGCAGAUUAUUUUCUAGUUUAAUCGAUUCAUUGUUUGGUAAAAUGUCAGAAAUAGUAAAAAAUGUCCACCCCAGUUUCUCAAAGUCCAAGCAGAUGCCAUUAAAUGUGUUGUCAGUCUUAAACUCAAAGAUAUUCAGUUUAAUAUGAUAUAUAAGACGGAGAAAAGCAGAAAAUCUCCUUAUGAGAGGCUGAAAACUGCAAUUUCUGCCAUUUACUUAACGAUUAAUCGAUUGCCGAUUAUUUUUCUAUAAAAGUUGACUUAUUGUUGCCGCUCUACGCACAAAAUGCACAGACACAAAUAAUACACAAAUAAGUUUAAAGUUCAACCAGGAAGUCCUUCUGUAAACUGAUGGUACUGUUUGCCUUCUCUUCCUAAUAAGUACGGCAUGUUUAAAACCCUUGUUUUAAGCUAUGCCAGAUCUCAGCAGUUAACUUGGUGAGCACAAUGUUAUUCUUACCAGUGUUGAGCAAGACUAAGGAAAACAGAAGACCAACUGGAAUGAUGCUUGAAUCAUCCUAACGGUAGCCGCACUUCAUCGUUCACCAACAACAAUAGCACAAAUCCCACUAAAAGGUGGGUCAACCUUGUACUGAGCUGAAUUUUGCAAACACUGUGAACCACGCUGCACUCCAGGGCAGACACAUUGUGUUCCUCUCUCUGUGUGUCUUAAAUAAAAUAGAUUUUUAGAUGGAUUCUUUUUGUGCUUUGCUGUUGUUAUUGUUAUUAACAGGGUACAGCUAACAACCUGCUUGUUGGUGCCACAUAAACCAAGAUGUCCUUUUAUUGAUGGACGUAUGUGUCUUCCCAUGAUGGUCUCUCUACCUCCUCAGAACACUGUACAUGUUGUUAGCAAGAAACCUAGACGUUGUUAAUUUGAUGUUAUUGAUGUCAGUUAUGAAAAGUCCAUGUUUUUAUCUUUGUGUUUAAUUGUACUGAUCAUGUUAAUAAGACUAUAAUUUGACGGUCUAAUCGCACUGACAGGGUGUAUAAAUUCAGCUUUUUAAAACUAUAAUUGUGCCUUAAAGAUAUCAGAGUAAUUGGUCUUCAUUAAAUGAUAAAUCUCUCUGUAAUUUUAGAAAUAAUUUCUCCUUUUGGAUCUUUCUGUGUUUUAAAUAAGGUGAACAUUUCUGUGUUUUGUUGUAACAUAUGGAGGAGAAUCUGUGUCUGUGGUUUAUCGGAUGUCACUGUACCUUCCUGAACUGCUUUCAUGUUCUUUAGCCACUUUGGGAAGACGAGUAGUAGUUUGCUAUUUGUUUCUUAAGCACUUUUUGAGGUGUACUUUUCUAGAUAUUUGAAAAUAAAUUCUGGUUGUGAGGAUAUGUCAAGACAUACUGUAACAAUAAUAUUAAUAGUGAAGCUUAAUUGACAGAAAAGCUUUAGGUUUACACUUAAUUCUCUUGAGUAUUUGGACUGACAAAUAAAUGGAGGCUUUUAAUUUCAUAUUUAAUCUGAUAAAGAAACUGAAACCUCCCAGAUCAAACAGUAUGUUUUACAAGUGUGUACAAUCACAAUAAAGGGAUGAGACCGUGUCUA